AGUGAAAAGACCACGACUAAUGAUAGAUAUAGUUGAAAAGAACAUGCUCUCAACAUUCAACCGUCGCAAUCAAGAAAAAUUCGAGAAAAUAGAGGAUGCGUUGGACGAUAUCUGUUGUAGUUGUUUUUGGAACUGGUUGCAGUGAUCAUUCUUGGUUGUUCGGAUGCUGCAAAGUACAACGGAUCGUGGCGUCUUAUACAAAGUCUUCUUACAUUAGUAGUACUAGAGCAAACGGACGGAAUAAAAUAUCAGAGGACCAAAGAACAAAAGCAUUAGAUCACGCAAGAAGAACAACAGCAAACACAGAUGGAAGAACAUCUGACGGAAGAGAAAGAAGCCGACUUGUACGAGAUAAGCUGCUGCCGCGCAACAUUAAGACAAUUGUCAUGAACAUUACACGCAACACCCCUGGCAUCCCCUGAAAUUACUUUGUGAACUAGCAUCAGGGGGAUGCCUAGUAGAUUAGGGGCCCAGUAGUAUGAGAUCUACAGAAUAUAGCUGUACAAGAAGGAUUUGGAAAUUGAAAUAGAGACAUCAAGGUCACAACUUCUCUAAUAACGAGCGAACUAGACAUCGAGAAGAUCAUAGAGGAGGCACUUCAACUAGAAGAAAUGCUAGAGCUUCUACAGAAAGAACAGAAGAAGGCGAACAACGACAACGUAAAGAAAAUCAAAAUACUCAUUCUCAUGUUACGUCCAGACGUGAAGCAGAUGCAGGAGAUAGCACUUUGUUCUCCAGACGUCGAGAACUACGGAAAAGCACUCCUCCUUUAUCUCUGGAGCAAAAGCAAAAACUUGUAGUAGAUCUCGUCCCCCGCUCGUCUUCUCCGUCCGACAACAACUGCGCGAAGACUACAGCAACCGCGCGAAGACUAGUGCCCAAAGAUGCGACUCCUACAAGUAACAUCAAUCAUGGAGAGCCGAUCCAAGGAGAGAUCUCGCCUACAUCGUCUGCCGAUCAUGUCGCUCUUACCUUUGGUCUUCUAACGGGGUUCAUGUUGGCUAGUAUUACGGUUCUUGCUGUUGCUAAUUAGAAUAUCACAGUACAACAAAGAGAUGAGACGAGAAAAUGGGCCUCCACGUUAGUAGUGUCAAUGUGGUCCUCCACCUCCCAUCGAUCAUCUUGUUGAGCACUCACUCCGAUUCCUAUACGUAUACCUAUAGAUCAUACCUUGUUGCGCUUGCGGCUAAGAACAUAUUAGCGGUAAUAUGAAAUGAUCCACUUUAUUGCCAGCUCUCUUGAUGAAUAAAUUGAAGGUAGUACUAUGAGGACGUCUACUUGAUCCAUCGCACUUUCAGAAUUUGUCUCGUCUACGGUCAUUGUCAGGAAAAGUGACAACGGGGACGCUCCUCUAUUUAAUAAUUCUAAACAAUGAAUUGGCCCUCUCACCACUAAUCUCAGCUUUUACCUCUAAUCAAUGCAUCUUCAGUUUUUUACAAGCAGCACUGGUGCCUUCCGAGUGGUCGGCAGUGAUGCUAUGGCAAAAAAUUCCUGUUGAUCUAAGGAAAGUGAAAGGCGUGCGCUUUUUCCAUGCUGCUUGAGUUUUUGAUUUUGAAUGUUGCACCAGUGACUAGGCUGCUUAGUCUGUCCGAAAACUGGUUUACUUGUCAGCUUAGUGAAAGUAAACAAGCCUUUAGACUUAGGAGGUUGUCGGACUACAUUGCCACAUUGCUAUUUCUUAUUGACUAAGUAAGUAAGUAGUAAAUAUCUAAGAUGAAUCGUAUGCGGAACGGUUACUAUGGUGUCUGGUCUGCUUUACUCCUCUAUGCGAGAGACCUGGGAACAAGUCAGGACUAUACCACCAGUUUGCCGAUAUAUUGACUGGUACAACAAUAAUAUUACUAUUCUAAGUACUAGAAGACUUCUAGUAUUAAGGCUCAGCUUAGUUAGUUUUAGCAGUUAGCAGGACACUUCAGGAUACUUGUCGAUAGUUACCCUUUUCUCUUCUAUAUCUAUAUCUUCCUCUGGUCUGUCUUUUUUCUAGUUAGGUCGGCUCCACCACAAGUGUUAAGGCUCAGCUUUCAAUGGUCACUGAGAUCGAAGAGGCGACCCCUUGAGAGAACAGGGGAAAACGAAGGGAAAGGGGAGAGCUUUGAAGGGGGUCUUUUCCGUUCAAGUCAGUGCCCACUGAGUGCUGAGCUUUAAUAGUAGUAGAAGAAGAGAGUUGAAGUUUAGAAGAUUGAGAACACAUAUGAGUCCAUCUGUGCUGGGGUUGGACCCCAUCAAGAUCAAUACAGUGCCCAGCUCUUUGCCGAUACAACAACGACUUUUGGUAGUAUUCUGUAGGGAUUUGGGGGUUUGCGACUCAGCUUCAGGAGCAGGGCUUAGGGGGUAUCAAUCUCCUAAACCCUAAGCCUUUUAGUAUCUAUUACGUAAUAUACCACCUUUGGUAGUAUUAUGCAAGAAACCACCUUGUUUGGUAGUAUCCUGAUCAUGUGACCGUGCUUCUCCACUCCAACCCGUCCAGGAUAAUCACGGUUCCGUUGCAGAUAGUCGAGUUUUACCUUCUCCUGCGAACCGCAAUGCCACCAAAAUACCAAGUUUCGUCCACUCUAUGUUAUGAAAAAAUUGUAGGAUCUUAUAUUCAUAUGGUCUAAAAACUGACCCUACCCGAAUAUAAUUAAUGGUCUAGUAGUCUAACACUAACUCACCCUCAGCAUACGAGUUGUAAUUUAAGGCGACCAAGAGAGCAUCCUCAACAUCAUCCUUGGCCUCUUUUUCAAGUAGAAAAAGGGCCCAGGGAUGGGCUCAGGGAUGUGACGCGGUAGCUCUAAGUAAUGGUCUACUCUUAAUUUACCCUACAACGCAAACUAAUGGUCAAACUCAGCCUACGCACCAAACCCAUGGUCUACUCUCCGAAUGAUGGUCUUCUAACCUAACCUACGAAUCAUGGUCUUCUAACCUAACAUACGAAUAAUGGUA